AAUACAAAGUGUUCUGACUGAAAAAUAGGUUAGCAGAUAGAGCAUUAAUUGCAUGAAUAACAACCUUUGAUUGUUUAAAUUGGUGUGAACUGUAAUACUUCCGAGAACCGUGAUCUUUGAGUUAUUUAACUUAUCAAUACAUAUUUAGACAUUAGCUGUCAUCACAAGGAAAUCAGCAUGAACUUUUUGAGCUUCCGUCAAGUGCCAACCCGGCUCAGUCGAAUUCAGCCCCCUUUCAUCUUUUCUUUGAGUCUUACUCAAUCAUUGGGACUCCUUCAGAAACGGAUUGGAAACAGGAGUCUAAUUUUAAAUUGUCGGAAGUAUUCUAAACGAGAACAACUUGCAGUCUCUCACCCUCGCCUCUACAAGCGACAUGAUCAACAGAGAAUUGAUGACAAUCUGUCCAAAGACUGGCAACUGAUCUUUGCGGCGAAUCGAGGGAUGCAAGAUAAUUGGAAAGCCCAAGGUGCCUACUGGGGUUGUUUUGUGGGGUAUUGUGUGCUCCCAUUGGCUGCAAUAUAUGGCUGGGUGGAGGCAGAGUUAGAGGAAAGGGUUUUGAUGGCUGGUAUAGAAAUGGCUGCCCAAACCCAAUGGGCUAUAUUUAUUGCCUUAAAUCUUCUUGUUAUUUCUAAUAUCUCACACUAUUUUCGCUCUAUCCCCAAAAGAGUUUAUUAUAAUGAUAAAAGUGACAGUUAUCUAGCCAUUAACUAUCAUUUCCUCCCUUGGAAACAAGUGCGGACAGAGUAUCAAACAACUGAUAUUAAAAAAUACUCUGGUAUGAAAUUUGUGUUCAGAUUUAACCCAGCUGGACACAACGAGUUCAAGAUAAAAAACAAAACAUUUAUAUUUCCUAUCAGCCAUUUCCGGAGUGGCCAUGACAGGGAAUGGAUGUUUCGUAGUAAUGACUUAGAGUAUUAAAAGGAUAUGAGGUGUGCUUUUACUGAGCAGAAUCUGGCCUUCCACAUCCUACCAGUAAUUACAAGAAGCCCUCAUAUCAAUGUGUACUGUUGUGAAAAAAAUAAAAAUAUCAUGGAAAAGAUGA